AUGAAUGGUUUGGGGAGGUGCCUGAGAACAAGGCAUAAAGCAACAGAGCUGGUACUGGUGCUGCUGCUGAUCUUCCCUUUGCCAGCUGGUGCUAUGAAAGGGGUGCCUAAUGGCACCUUAAUUAUAGGCAUGAGGGUGGAGAACAGCACCAAGCAGCAUGCUAGUGUCUUGAAAAAUGGUAUCAUCCAAGUGGUGGAGGGAAGCAGCAUCCAGCUUCGGAUCUAUGGCCAGGGAAUCCGGCAAAUUACUUGCCAGAUGAUACAUUUUGCUGAGAUACUUGUGGCAUCAGAUGCCAAUGCUCGUGAAUCCAAUGACGGCUCUUGCUCUGAAAUCACCAGUGACUUGCUGGUGGUGCCCAACUGCCAUGACGUACGGGGCACUACUGCCGUGCUGGAUGUGACAGUCCAGAUCCUGCGGAAGGACAUCUCCUUCAAGAACUACAUGUUGUGCCUCAGUGAUGGUUCAGGCAAGCCUCAUCACUGGCUCAGCAGCCGCGAUUUGUUGAUCCAAGUGGUCGAGCAGGAGCAAUUGAAACUGCCUCCCUGGCUUAAGAUCAUUCUAGCGCUCAUCCUCCUGGGUCUGUCGGGAAUGUUCAGUGGACUUAACUUGGGCCUGAUGGCGUUGGACCCCAUGGAGCUGCGUAUCGUCCAGAAUUGUGGCACAGCCAAGGAGAAGAAAUAUGCCACCAUGAUCGAGCCCAUCCGACGGCAGGGCAAUUACCUGCUGUGCUCUCUGCUCCUGGGCAAUGUCUUAGUCAACAGUUCCUUUACCAUACUGUUUGAUGCUAUGGUUGGUGCAAGUGUUGUGGCUAUAGUGGCCUCUACAGCUGGCAUUGUUCUCUUUGGGGAGAUAAUCCCCCAGGCCCUCUGCUCCCGUCAUGGUUUGGCAGUGGGUGCCAAAACCAUCGUAAUCACCAAGUUUGUCAUGCUGCUGACUUUCCCACUCUCCUACCCUAUCAGUAAACUCCUAGACUAUUUGCUCGGUCAAGAAAUGGGCCCCAGGUACAACAGGGAGAAGCUGAUGGAGAUGCUGAAACUGACAGAGCCAUACAUUGACCUGCUGAAGCAAGAGAUGAAUAUCAUCCAAGGAGCACUGGAGCUGAGGACUAAGACAGUGGAAUACGUGAUGACCCCAUUGCAUGAUUGCUUCUUGAUCAACAGCGAUGCCAUCCUUGACUUCAACACCAUGACAGAGAUUAUGGAGAGUGGCUAUACACGCAUCCCCAUCUAUGACACAGAAAGGACGAAUAUCAUGGAUAUGCUGUAUGUCAAGGAUCUAGCCUUUGUAGACCCUGAUGACUGCACCCCACUCAAGACAAUCACUAAGUUUUACAACCACCCAGUGCAUUUUGUUUCGCACAAUACCAAACUGGAUGCUGUGCUUGAAGAGUUCAAAAAAGGUAAAUCUCACUUAGCCAUUGUCCAAAAGGCGAAGGAGGGUGAACCUGAAGAUGCACAUGAAGUGUUGGGUGUGGUGACCUUGGAGGAUGUCAUUGAAGAGAUAAUCAAGUCUGAGAUCCUGGAUGAAUCAGAUAUCUACACUGACAAUCGCACCAGAAGACGAGUCACCAAUCCAAGGCAGUGGGACUUUUCUGCCUUUAAGGGCAAUGACAACGAGUUGAAGAUCUCCCCUCAGCUUCUCCUAGCUGCACACCGCUUUCUCUCCACAGAGGUCUUGCCCUUUUACCCAGUCCUCCUCCAGGAGAAAUACCUGCUGCGUCUCCUUAAACACCGUGGUGUCAUCUGUGAACUGAAAAUUGACGAGCAGAGCAAAGAGUCCCCCCGGCAUUGCUUGUAUGAAAAGAAUAAGCCAGCGGAUUACUUCAUCCUCAUUUUACAGGGGAAGGUGGAGGUAGAAGCUUGCAAGGAAAACAUGAAGUUUGAGAAUGGACCCUUCUCCUAUUAUGGAGUCAUGGCCUUGAGUAUGACCAUCCAAGGAGGUUUAGAAACAGGCUCCCAGAUUCACAUGGGCAAUAUAAAUCACCUUAGCCACGAUUACCUGAUACCUUGCAUCACCAGUGUCAUCAGCACCAAUAAGGUCCUUCCCACCGGCAGCCUGCAGUACAUGGCAGACUACACUGUCCGUGCCCUCACUGACCUCCUGUACAUGAAGAUCACACGGAAUCAGUACCAGAACUGUCUGAGGGCCUCCCAGGCAGACACCAACGCAGCGGCAAAUGAUUACCAGUUUGGUGAGACUUCUGACCAACAGAAGUCCUAA